AUGAGCAUAUUAGGCAUAGGCACAGAAGAGAUAAGGGGUGGCACCCCGCCACCUCAUAUUUCGAAACAAUUUACAUUUUUGUGUUGGCGUUUGGAGGCAAUAGCAAUAAGGAAAGUUUAUAAUCAAACACGAUUAGACUCCAUUUAUGUCAUUUAUGUUAAAAACUUUAGAAGUAUGAGCUGGAGAAUAUGGUUUUUCCUUUUGUUCGUGCAGCUUUUGAUGACAUUUGACAUUUGUACAGGUACGGCGUAUUCGAGCUAUUAAAGAGUGUUUGAAUAUAGAAUUUAAUGUUAUUGUGUAAUAAUUCUCGUGAUAAAUAAAGUCUUUCUGUAUAUUACCAGUGUACGAGCAUGUAAUACACUUUAAAAAUUGCUGAAAUAUAUAGAUUCAUUCAAAUAUUCUCAUACAAUUUUAUAUGUAAAGUAUCAAUUAAUAUAAAGGCAAAAUGUCAAUUUAAAAAACAAGACGGUAGUUCCUGUUCAAGUGCAGUACCGGUACCGGCCAUGUUUAAAUUCGAUUUUGUAUGAAAGAGGUCUUCAAAAACGAGUUUGUAAUGUGGGAUGCUUCAAAUAUUAAGUUAAUUAAAUUGAAUAUAUAAAUUUAUUGUAAAUGAAUACAAUUUUUGUAAGGUUUUUAAUAUAUAUGCAAUAUUGUGUUUGUGUUUAUGCAAACAUAUGAUAUAAACUGUAUUAUUAAGUAAUGUUUACAAAGUUUACAUCACAUAUACUUGUGUUAAACUCUGGUCAAAGUCAAUGAGAGUUGAUGAGUGUCGAUCGAUUAGAGUUGGCAGUCAAAUGCGAGUGAGAAUUCAUCAUCAAUUAACUCCCAUCCUCAUUUGACUGAGGCGAUAUAGGCAUAUAGCCAUACACUGUCUGAGUCAUGUGAGUUGGGCUUAAUUGCUCUGAUGCAAACCACAAGCUAGCCAAAUUAAAUAAUUUUAGUGAGGUGGACAAGCCCAACAAACGCUAGCAAGAACUUCCUGCUCAAUAUAAGUUUAUUUUUCAAAUUAGAUACUAUUUCUCUCACGUCACAAUAUGGCCUCAAGAGGUUUAAUUACCUUAUAUCAUAUUGGCCCGCAUGGACAUGGUAGAAUAAACAUACAUUAUUCGAUCACUUCAAUUCUGAUUAGGGCUUUCAGUUACCGAUACGUCAAGAAUUAUAUUAUGCUUACUUAUAUUACUUACUUAGCUUAGACUAUUUAUCUUUACAACAACCCCCCCCCCCUUCCUGAUCACACCUAGACUGAGAUUUUACUUGACAAUUUCAGGAGAUGAUUUUGAUGAUUGCACUGAAUAUGUACAGAUUAAAAAUGAAUCAUUAUACGACAGAGACCCAAAGUCUGUAAAUGACCUUUCAAAAAGACCUCUUGGUUUUAUGUCUGUCUUGAUUCCAUUUGAGACCAAUAAUGCUGAUGCAAAAAAUCCUUGCUUUACAUUAUCUCUCGAUGACAGUGCCAAACAGACUGUUCAAGUUUUGGUGAGUAAAUAUGUCCAUAAGUUCAUAACCACUCCCCAUGACUAUUCUUGUAAAGCCCUCCUUUCUAUAAUAUAUCAACCUUCCAUUCAUAAACAAAUUUAGCCCCCCCCCAAAAAAAAAGUAUUCUUAGUGGUCCUCGGUGGUCUGCAGUAGUGAGCUUAAGCAAGUAACUUGUUUGUCAACACAGAUGUCAGAUUGCCGAGGGGGGACUGUAUUAAAAGCUGUGUUGGUAUCAGUUUGUGGUAAAGCUUCAACACAUGUGACAAUAAAACAUAAGAUUUUUAAAGUUUUUUGCCUCCUUACACGAGCGGUAUGAUUCAAAAUGCUGCCCAAACUAGUCUUACCAAUUUUCGGGUCAGUGUUGACAAAAAUGUUGCUUGCUUAUAAGCUCACUAUUACUGAUCGUUCCAAUUGAAGUGUUCCUCAAAUAUUGAUUCAAUUACAUGACAUUACGUUGGGCUGACCAAUUCAUACAAAUUCAAAUUUCUUUUUACUUCCUGUGCGUUUCCUAUUGGUCAAUCGGUUCUGAAACGAAAUCUAAUUGGCUCAUUUAAAAGUAACAGGAAGUUGAUCAAUUUUCUAUCAAAUGAAUUGGUCAGCCUGAGGUAAUGUAUUGAAUCAAUUAAUAUUUGAGGAACACUUCAAUUGGAACGACAGUACUAAGUCCUUGACCAUCUCAAAACAGUCCUCCAGCAUCUCAUUAAGUGCAGCAAUUCAAGAAGUAUAAAGUAUGUUAUAACUAUACAGUGGAUUUGUUUGUGAUAUGAUUACUUUGACAUUUAAGAGAGAGAGGGGGGAGAUAGGGGUGCAACUGCAGUUCUGCUGAGGUUGGCUUAAAAUUAAUGACUAUUUGAAUAUAUUUGUAGGCCACAAGUGCUGUUGGAGACUCAUCCUUCUGGUAAUUAAAAUUUCAACAUUAUUCAAUAAAUCAAUUGUUGAUUUUUAGUAAUUUAAAUAUACAUAUUACUAUAUGUACUGGUACGGACCUACCUAAUGUGCUAUCCAAAUUUUAUUUUAUUUUUAGUGUGAAAAGUCAACCACCAUAUUCUCAGCCAACUUGUCAGUCGGUAAAUAUUUUGUAUGAAAUGAUAUACAAAUAAUGAAUGUUUAUGAGUGCAAUGGUAAGAAUAUUUUCAUGAGGUGAAAGAUGGAAUGUUCAAUUCAAUGAGGCGACAGCCGAGUUGAAUGGAACAUUCCAUCUUUCACCAAAUGGAAAUAUUCUUACCAUUGCACGGAGAAACAUUCAUUAUUUGUUUUAUAUAAUACCAAAAUAGACUAAUAGAUUUGUAUAAGAAGCAUUUUGAGGGAUGCGAUUUAUCGAAAACACAAAGAGUGCAAUAUUGUACUAUACGUUUUAUUCCAUUGCACUCGCGGAGAGUGCAAUGGAACGUGUUCCAUUGCACUCUUGGGAAAUGGAAUUUUCUAUUCAAUAUCACGUGACUAUAAACAGCCAAUUAAACGAUUAGAAUUUAAUAAGGUAUUAUAUAAUACAUAAUAUUGAAUACGAUAUUCCUCCCACAGGGAAUGUAUGUUGGUCAACUGGUUACUAAUUAACCACUAACCAACCUUUCCACCAUAACUUUGCUCUGUGAUCAGAAAUGAGUCAUUAAAGGUGGCUGCCUCACAGAGGUGCCUUUUGAAUUUGCCUUCAACUUGAUCAAGUUUAUCUGCGUCCUCCACAGAGGGCGCCUUAUACUUUUUGUGUGAAGCGUGAUGGGCUUAUUUUACUUAGCUGUGAAACGUGAUCGAUGAUUUUCUUAAUCCGUGAACAUGAAGGAAUUUUUACAAUUUUUUGUGACUCGUGAAAAGGCAAGAUAUUUUUUAUGGGAAGGCAUAUUGUGAAGAGGUAUAGGGACCCUCCUCCAGAUUUCAGCUUAGCUCUCAGCUCUGCAAAUAAGGAUGAUUAGCACACCCAACUUAGGGUACUUGUGGUGACUAAUCACACAUUUUAUCCCUUAUGUGCCCACUAUUUGCAUACCAUUACUGACAAUGCUGGAAAUAAUUGAAAACCUGCAUGUGUUACCAUUGACAAAACCUGUGCUAAAAACAGUGUUGUUCAGAUGGUAAGUUGGGGCAACCUCAGGCUCUUACCUCUUGUAGAGGAAAGACUCUGAUAGGAGCUGGUCACAUGAUCUGUCAAAAUCAAGCAGAUUUUUAAUUGCAGAUGAUGAUGAUGAUGUUGAUGUUGAUACCUAUUUGAUAUUUAUACUUUAAUCUAUAGUAUAACUUGCAUUUUGUUUUGCAAGUUUGAUUUUAUUUUAUUUUAAAGAAAUCCAAGACAAUUCAAUUAGAAAUCUGCUAGAUUUUAGCAAAUCAUGUGACCUGCUCCUACCAGGAUCUUUCCCCCACUUGACAGGUACGAGCCUGGGAACGAGGUUGAAAGUGGGGAGGGGGUUAAGUUGCUUUCCUACUAAUCAGACUAAUCAUAAAAUUGAAAAGUAAGUAGUGUUUAAUAUUCAUUAAUACUGUAGGGUAUAAAGACAUGUCAAGACAGCCCCAUUGGUCAUAAUUCCAUUAAAUAUGUUUUCUAUUGUGAUGGCUGUGAGAGUGAUCUUCCUAUUUGGUUCCGCUUGACCGUCAGCCCUUCUUUUAGUGAUGGU